GUCUAGCAACUAGGUUUUUGGUGACUGGAAGCAUCUUGGAGCAACUGGAAGCGUCCAUUCAGACACUGGUUUUACCCAAUCUGCAUGGGCUUGUUCGGAGUUUAACGUUCAACUCUACUGCAGCCCAAAGCGUCCAGCUGUGUCAGUCUUAACAUAUGCUUCAGGCGUGCUCCGAUUUGAGGACAGUUGCUCAUAAUAGCAAGGUUUUUCCAAUCUUUUGGACAUUAUAAGCAUUAUUCAUAGGUCGACUUUAUCUACAUGUAGUUGGACCCAGUUGCUUAUGAUCUCAAGGCAACCCAUGCCAGGCUUAUCAUUUUAUGUUUCUUAUCGUGCUCAUUUAAGAAAUGUCAGUGUUAUAGCAAUUUCAUGCAGGAUUUGUUUUUCACUGUGUUAGUCAGAGAAAGUUAAUUUUGAAAUUACAUCUACUAAAAAUGCACAGGACCUUUCUGUUUGUUGAACUUAAUUAGUAACCAGGGGGAAAAACACUCAAGGAAGCAUUUGAGCAGGUGGCCAUUGCCAUGUUUGGUUACAUGACAGAAAUAGAUAAAGUGGAAAUGUUAGAAAAGGAAAGCAUAGACGCUGAGGGUGAUGACAUGCUGUCUUUGUUAUUCCAUUUCUUGGAUGAAUGGCUCUUUGUCUUCUCAGCUGAACCAUUUUUCAUUCCAAGAAAAGUUGUGAUAACAAAUUUUGACAAGGAAAACUUCAAGAUCAGUGCCGUAGGAUACGGAGAGACAUUUGACAUAAGCAAACACCCUCAGGGUUCAGAGGUGAAAGCCAUCACCUACUCACAUAUGCAGGUUCAUGAAAAAGAGGAGCAGUGUGACAUCUUCUGUAUCGUGGACAUUUAGACGUGGAUUGAGUACUGUUAAGGGCAAGGAAUCCAAACUUUCCUCUCGCCAGCUGCAGGAGCAGGAAAGGAAGGCAGCCAAGUUUCCGUGUGCGAUGUCUGUAUUAAAACUUGGUGACAGUUAGUUGUCAGACAAACUGUACCAGUGGUAAAACAGUGAAAUGAAAGCUUCCAGCACAUUUAGUCUGCAGAGCUACUGGUAUGGUUUAUGAUAGAUUACAGUUGACUUGAGCCUACGGAUAGCUAAGCCGGAUGGUCAUUGGUUGACAUAUUCAAACAAAAACACAAAGAAAGACAUUGUCAUGAGUACUUUGAGUAAAGCAGAAAAAAAUCUGUGUGUGUAGCUAAAAAGUAAUAUGCUUUUGUGUGGUCUUAGCACAUGCAUUGAGAUCAGUGUGGUACCUGGUGCAUGUCGUGUGAUCUUAGCACAUGCACUGAGAUCAGUGUGGUACAGGGUGCAUGUCGUGUGGUCUUAGCACAUGCACAGAGAUCAGUGUGGUAUCUGGUGCAUGUUGUGUGGUCUUAGCACAUGCACGGAGAUCAGUGUGGUACCGGGUGCAUGUCAUGUGGUCUUAGCACAUACACUGAGAUCAUUGUGGUACCGGGU